UCCUUUUCAGCCAACCGUGCGUUAUCAAAACGGGCACUCCGCGGUUGUUGCGCCACAGCUUUCCCUCUCCCUCUUCCUCUUCCCCUCCCACGAGACGCGCCUCUCCCCCUAGAUCCUCCACGAAAUCCGGCACGACCUCCGAGUGCCAUUGUAUUACGGUUAUCCAACGAAUCUCGUAAAGAGUGUGCUUGUUUGUAAAUCUCACGAAGUCGACAGGCGCUUGAAAAAUGUCGAAUGACGCGCACAACCAGGUCCCGCAUCCGCUGCAAAACCAAAAUUCGAGGUCCAACUCCGGAACGAGCGCUCAAAGAAAAGAGGCUCCGGUUUGCCUGCGACGACUUUGCCCGACAUCCGCGACCCGCCCCAACUCCCUGUUCCUACUCCAUCAGCUGCCGCCAAUUUUCUGCGACCGGGGCACUACAACCACAUCUACAUCACAGCACAAGGAACAGGAGCAUUCAACACCCGUGAACAUCCAGCCCCAAGCCGUCUUCUCAGUCAUCGACCACGCCGUCCGUCGCGAUAUCCGGGACACACAAUCGACAAGAGUGAUCGGAGCGCUGGUCGGCACGCGCAGCGAGGAUGGCAGCGAGGUCGAGGUGCGGAGCACUUUCGCGAUCCCGCACACCGAGAACGAGGACCAGGUCGAGGUCGACGUCGAGUACCAGAAGAACAUGCUCGCCCUCACCCUCCGGGCCUCGCCGCGCGAGACCCUGCUCGGGUGGUACACGACCUCGCACGAGCUCAACAGCUUCUCCGCCCUCAUCCAGAACUUCUUCGCCUCCCCCGAAACCGGCACGUUCCCGCACCCGGCCGUGCACCUGACCAUCUCGACGGAGCCGGGCUCGGCCAUCGAGACCAAGACCUACAUCUCGGCGCCCGUGGCCGUCUCCCCGGACCGGGCCGCCGAGUCGUGCCUGUUCGUGGAGGUGCCGCACAAGCUGCUCUUCACCGACGCGGAGCGCGCCGCGCUCGGAGUCGUCUCCGCCGCGGCCGAGAGCGAGACCAGGUCGGCGCCCGUGGUGUCCGACAUCGAAUCGCUCGCGCAGGCGCUCGAGACCGUCUCGGACCUCCUGGACCGCGUGUCCAACUACGUGGGCGAGGUGCUCGACGAGGAGCGCGACGGCAGCCAUGCGCUGGGCCAGUUCCUGAUGAACGCGCUGUCGCUGGCGCCCAAGGUGUCGAGCACGCAGAUCGAGCACGACUUCAACAACCACAUCCAAGACGUGCUCAUGGUCAGCUACCUCGCCAACACGAUCCGCACGCAGAUCGACCUCGCCCAGCGGCUGGCCACGGCGCCGCUAGCGGCCGGGGAGAAGGAGGCCGGCAAGGAGGGCGGAAAGGAGGGUGAGGAAGGCGGCAAGCAGGAGGGCGGUCGGUCUGGUGGUGGUGCCGGCGGGAGAGGGGGUAAGCGGACGGGCGGGCGUGGCGGCGGCGGUGGUGGUAGGGGCGGUGGCCAGCAAAGGGAGCCGAGGGAAAAUGGCGAGUAGACGGAGACAGAAUAAAGGGCAUCUUUGCUUGUUUCUUUCAACUUCUCUGCUCUUACGGCGGAGUUCUGUCCGCAAAUAUUCGGGUUCCGGGGUUCGAAAGGAUAUGAACCUGGUUUCGUGUGAUCGGAAGCCGAGGAACUUGACGGGAGAUAAAAGCCGCGUGUUUCACUCGGCCAGUUCAACAGGUUGGCGGGCAACAUUGGUCCACAUGCCAAAGGGAAAGUCAAGCAUUUGCGGUGCCGUGGUCUCUUGGAAGUCUUAAGAGAUCUUCCCAGGCAAAAUGGCCUGUUUCGGGACAAAAAAGUGAUCAUGUACCAUGGCGUUUGGGGCUAGCUAUACGGAUAGAAGAGAGACCGAACCA